CCCUGAAGCCCCGCCCCUAGCGGAGUCAUUCGGCCUGUAUGAGAUCACCGGUGUUCAGUCUGUCGCCAGUCUCUCCGAUUUACAGUGUGUGUGUGUUCAUGUAAAUACACGCGCGUUUGAUACAAGUGUGUGUGUGUGUGUGUUUGAUCUGGAUUUCGUAAACGGCAGAAUGCAGAAGAGUCGUGUGCACGCGCAGUUUUUUUUCAGGUGAAUUCCUCUUUUGAUUAAUCAUUCCGUCAAACAGUCUGAUAAAAAUCCAGCAGAUAUGAAAUGGUCACACUGCUGAACUGACCGGUGUGUAAAACGAUUCUGGACAGAGGAGAAAUGUUCAGGAGGACAAAGAAAGAGAAAGAAAUGGAACAGAAUGUUUAAAAUUAAACAGACACAUGCAGUGAGCUGAAAUCUGUGAGAAAUGAGUGACGUUGUGGAGAAUUUGGAUCCUCGGGAGCUCGACUUCGAUGAGGAGGAAGCUGAAGAGGUGGACUUCCGUCCAGGUGAAUGUCGUAUCCCAUUUUCUGCUGUGUACAAGACUGUGGGCUUUAAGGAAGCUGGAGCUCAAGUCUUUCUCACCACUGAACCCAUCACAGCCCGGGUUGUGGAAGUGGAGCGAUACACACGGGCCUUGGACCGAUUUAACCCAUCCAGCAACAGGAGUGUGUCCAAGGCCAUGCCAGCUGUGUUCCGUAUCGAGUUGAAACAUGGAAACUUCACCUGGAUUGUAAAGAGGAAGGAGAAACACUUUAUCGAGUUGCACAGAGAGUUACUGCGCUACAAAACCUUCAUCAGGAUUCCGCUACCCUCACGCAGUCACACCGUUCGCAGGAAGAGUGUUAAUAAGACUGAGGUGCGUCAGAUGCCCAUUUUACCCCGGGGAGGGAGAGAGGAAAUUACGCGGGACGAGCAGGUGUCCAGCAGACGAAGACAGUUGGAGGAUUACCUGAACAAACUGCUGCGUAUGAGCACGUACCGCAAAUACCACGCUACUAUGGAGUUUAUUGAUGUGAGUCAGAUGUCCUUCAUUCAUGACUUGGGCCCAAAAGGCUUGGAGGGGAUGGUCUACAAAAGGUCAGGAGGUCACCGCAUUCCUGGCAUGAACUGUUGCGGUCACAGCCAGAUCUGUUAUCGCUGGUCCAAGAGAUGGCUGGUGAUGAAGGACUCCUUCCUCAUGUACCUGAAACCCGACACCGGCGCCGUUUCCUUCGUCCUUCUGGUGGACAAAGAGUUCAGAGUAAAGAUGGACUUUAAACACACUGAGACCAAACACGGCGUGAGGAUCGACAACCUGUCCAGGUCUCUGGUGUUAAAGUGUAGCAGUUAUCGACACGCCCGAUGGUGGGGUCAGUCCAUCGAGGAGUUUGUACGGAAACACGGCCGGGCGUUUCUCAGGACGCAUCGCUUUUUCUCUUUCGCUAGAGAACAGGAAAACACCCCUGCCAAGUGGUACGUAAACGGUAAGACUUACAUGGAGGAUGUAGCAGAUGCCCUGGAAGAAGCAAAAGAGGAGAUCUUUAUCACAGACUGGUGGCUAAGUCCAGAGAUCUUCCUGAAGAGGCCGGUGGUGGAAGGGAACCGCUGGAGGCUCGACUGCAUCCUCAAGCGAAAGGCGCAACAAGGUGUGCGUAUCUUUGUGAUGUUGUAUAAGGAAGUCGAACUCGCUCUCGGCAUCAACAGUGAAUACAGCAAGAGAACGCUGAUGCACCUUCACUCCAACAUCAAGGUCAUGAGACACCCUGACCACGUCUCCUCUUCAGUGUAUCUUUGGGCUCAUCAUGAGAAGCUGGUAGUGAUUGACCAAUCAGUGGCCUUCGUCGGGGGAAUUGAUUUAGCGUACGGUCGCUGGGAUGACUCUGAACACCGACUCACUGAUGUCGGGAGUGUGACUCGCUCCACAGCUCAGGAUCAGGUGGAUGCUUUGGAACUUUCAGCCUCUAAAGGAAUUUCCUCCAUUAACGGCUCCAGAUCUCUGGAUUUAGCCGAACUUCCCAAACUGAAGGGUGUCGGCCGGACUAGGAAAUCCCGCUUCAGCCUGUACAGACACCUACACAAACACACACACAACAACGGCCUGAGCAGUAUGGACAGCGAAGAGAGAGGCUCUAUGCGCAGUCUGCAGACAGGUGUAGGUGAGCUGAUGGGAAACACUCGCUUCUGGCACGGGAAAGAUUACUGCAACUUCGUCUAUAAAGACUGGGUUCAGCUGGAGAAACCCUUCGACGAUUUCAUUGACCGCUACACGACUCCCCGGAUGCCCUGGCACGACAUCUCCUCGGUGGUUCACGGGAAAGCGGCAAGAGACGUCGCUCGCCAUUUUAUACAGCGCUGGAACUUCACCAAGAUCAUGAAGCCGAAGUACCGGUCAUUGUCAUACCCAUUUUUACUGCCCAAAUCUCACAGCACGGCUAAUGACCUGUCCUAUCAGGUGCCGGACUGUGUGAACACCAGAGUUCAGGUGUUGAGGUCAGCAGCUGAUUGGUCAGCAGGUAUAAAAUACCAUGAGGAGUCCAUACACAAUGCCUACAUCCAGGUCAUCGCAAAGAGCAGACACUUCAUCUACAUCGAGAAUCAGUUCUUCAUCAGCUGUUCUGAUAACAAACAAGUUUACAACAAGAUCGGAGACGCCAUCAUCGAGAGGAUCAUCAGAGCUCACAAAGAGAAUAAGAAGUUCCGUGUGUAUGUGGUCACUCCUCUGCUGCCAGGGUUUGAGGGUGAUAUCUCCACUGGAGGGGGCAGUGCACUACAGGCUGUCAUGCACUUUAACUACAGGACUAUGAACAGAGGAGAAUACUCCAUCAUCUCUCAGCUCAAGAAGGAGAUGGAUGACCAGUGGAUGAACUACAUCUCCUUCGGGGGGUUGAGAACACACGCGGAGCUGGAGGGGCGACUGGUCACUGAGCUGAUUUACGUCCACAGUAAGAUGCUGAUUGCAGAUGACACCACUGUCAUCAUCGGUUCAGCGAACAUUAAUGACCGCAGCAUGCUGGGGAAGAGGGACAGCGAGGUGGCCGUGAUCGUGGAGGACACGGAGAUGGUAGCUUCUGUGAUGGACGGACAGGACUACCAGGCGGGAAAAUUCGCCCUGAGGCUGCGGCUCGAGUGUUUCAAGACGAUUCUCGGUGCCUUCACUGACCCCUCCAUCGAUGUGAGUGAUCCGGUCAGUGAUCGCUUUUAUAAAGAGGUCUGGAUCACCACAGCCAGCAGAAACGCCAGCAUCUACGAGAAGGUGUUUCGUUGUCUUCCCUCCAGUUUGGUGAGGAAUCUCCAGGAGCUCCUGAGCUUCCAGACUAAACCCGGGUUGGAUAAAGAAGAUCCAGUUAAAGCUCAGGAGAUGCUGAAGAAGAUCCGAGGUUUCCUGGUUCAGUUUCCUCUCGAGUUCCUGAGCGAGCAAAAUCUCAUGCCGUCUGUCGGCACAAAAGAAGCCAUGGUGCCUACUGAGAUCUGGACCUGAUGCUGACACACACACACACACACACACACACACACACACAGGAAAGAAGAUUUAAAGUAAAGUGACUCAUGAAGACUCUUCAGCUUUUUCCUGUCUCUCCUCCGUCUAUCUGUUCAUCUGAAAGCUGUUAGUCAUUCACCGGACCAUCUGAAAGUCCGAGUGCGGGACUGAUAACGCUCUUUAAUUCCUGAGAGGGGGUCGUUCGGCUCAGGUUCUGUGGCGUUCAUCACACAUUAGCACUGUUAGCCAUCGUGCUAGUCAAUCGCCCAGGACCUGGAUUGAGCAUGAACUCCAUCGGUUCUAAUGUCCAGUAACACAGCUAGCUAGCUAACUAGCAAGCUAGUCCUGUAAGUUGUAAGCUGUGAGCUGGUGCUAACUUCACAUCUUCAGUUUAAUCUCAGAAGAACGGAAUGUAAACAACUCCUCCCUCAAAAAAACGCUUUAUUUCCUCUUUAUCAGAGUUGUGUUUGUGUAAACCGAGCCGGGAGAAAAAAGACCAGUUUAAUAUCAGGUUAGAAUAAAUCCUGUGCUUUGACAUUUUUAUACCUGAAUGUUGUUGAGGGGCAAAAAAGCUGAAUAUUGAUUUUAUUAUUUUUUUUUGUCUUUCUUCUAUAAACUCUGUUUGUUUUCGUUUAUCUGUUUUACUCUGUAAAUGAUUCUCUAUUCAUUUUCUGUACAUCUGUAGCAUUUUUUGCACAUUUUUUAUUUAUUUCUGUUUGUAUGUAGAAAUGAACAAAACUCCAUUAAACAUUAUUCUAUAAGAACCUGCUGUGUUAAUAUUCAUAAGGCAGGUCUCUGGGCAGUCAUGUGGUCAGACGUUUUUAUGGAUUAACUGUAAAUAAACUGUACAUUCUUCCAACAUUCCCAACAGAUCAGCAGGACUUCAGUCAGCUGCUUCAUU